AAUCAACAAAAGAAAGCUUCAUGCUGCAAUGCAUGCUGGGUGAUCUGUUUAUCUGAAUUAUUUUGACGAUUGUCAUCAUUGUUGAGGGUUGUAUGAUGAGGUUUGAUGUCAGUGAAAUAUGUUUGUUUAUUUUCUCUCAAUACCUGUGCAUUGACUAGCCAGAGCACUCAGACCAGUCAUCAAUUGAUCAAUAAUGUUUAAAACUAAUACAUUUUAUUACAGCAUGAUUUUUCCAUGAGAACAACCCUAACUUCUGUAAAAGCAUGUCUGUCUUUCACAGUGCACAAGUGUUUUUAUAACACUAUUACAUGACCUGAACGAAUUAAUUUAACAAAAGUCAAGGAUCAAGAGCCCAACUAAAGCAAACACUGAUCACGAUAAUGGUUAUUAUUGUGGGUACAAAACUCAUUUCACAGAGUCUCAUUUCAUUUAUUUCCAUGUGAAAACUGAAAGUAGUCUGAUAAACUCCAGAUUUGAACCAGUUUUUACAUUGUACCAAGGUCCCCUGUACGUCAAUAUCAGAUGUUCAGAAAACGUAAUAAUGGGCCAAUAAAGGGACGUCUUUUCAACAUCGAAAGAUGCAGAAAAGACGUCUUUUUGACAUAUUUUUGGUCAGGGGGAAGUCAUAAUUGUAAUAAAAUUACCUUUACAACACUUACUAUGUGGCCUUUUCUACCCUCAGCUAAUAAUAUUUUUAAACUAAUAUCAGUCUAAGUAAAUAAAACACAGUGUACAUGCCAUGGUAUAUUUAAUGCACUGAGCACUCUAUGAGCUCGGUGCCAGUAUUAUUGUUUCCACCAAACAUUUAACAUAUUCUUGAAGAUUUCUAUAGGUCUCGUCUCAGAUCUCUUGUCCUAGGACUCGGACUUGACUCGGACUCGACCCUCUCUGGACUCGGUCUUGACUCGAACUCAACCCACUCUGGUCUCGGUCUUGACUCGAACUCGACCUACUCUGGACUCGGACUUGACUUGGACUCGAAUGAGCUGGUCUCGACUACAACACUGCAUGAUCCUGAUAUCUCAGAACACUGAUGCAUGGAAAAUAAAGCUGUUAUAAAAAUAAACUACUUUUUCAAAGUGUCUGCAUUGUUGAAUUACUAGCCUGUUAUUCAUUUAUCAUAUUUGUUUUAUUCAGAUAUAAACAAAUGUUUAUCCACACCAUGUUUAAAUGGAGGUGUUUGUGAAGACUUGGUAAAAAACUACACCUGCACCUGUACAGCGAACUUCACUGGAAGCCAUUGUGAAAGAGAAUUGAUUAUCAUGGAAAACUCCUCUAGUACUGAUGCCGCAAAUCCGUCAGAUUGUCUCUGUCAGAAUGGAGGUGUUUGUGUUGAUCUGAAUGGCACAUGUGAAUGUCCGAGAGGAUUCACUGGACUCUAUUGUCAGUUUGAAGUAACUCAAACACCCUGUAGUAACAGCAGGCCAUGUCCUGAUGGAGGCCCAUGCCUGGAGUAUGGUGGCACAUACCUCUGCACCUGUCAAACCGGUGUCGACUUUGACCGCAAGGACUUCUACCCAUAUGUACAGCCCCAAUCAGCAUGUGAUUCCUCACCAUGUCAGAAUGGAGGGUAUUGCUACGAGAAAGAUGGAGGCUACAACUGUGAGUGCAAACAUGGCUACAGAGGCAAGCGUUGUGAAAUAGUCAGAUUAAGUUUCUGUGCCUCUAGUCCCUGUCGUUAUGGAGGCUCUUGUGAAGAAGAAGGUGACAGCUACCGGUGUCUGUGUCCCCACCGUUUCACAGGGAAAUAUUGCGAAGUGGGAAGGCCGGAUCCAUGUGCUUCCAGUCCCUGUCUGAAUGGGGGAACUUGUUUCCACUACAUUGGUAAAUACAAAUGUGAGUGCUUCCCAUCUUUCAUCGGAAGACACUGUGAUAUCAACAGAGGAUCUGAUCCAGCUUUGAAAGGUCUGGACUGUGGCUCCCCUGUGAAAAUCAAGCAUGCUGAAGUUCAAUAUUCCUCUACUACCCUAGGCUCUAUUGCUUCGUAUACAUGCCACCCAGGCUAUACUGCCCUGCCCAGGGCCACCCAGAGCACCUGCAGCAGCCAGGGGUUCUGGAGCCAACCUCCUGUCUGUGAAGAAAUAAAUGAGUGUUUGUCUCAGCCAUGUAUGAAUGGGGCAACUUGUCAGGAUAGAAUAGCCUUUUACCUGUGUGAGUGCGAGGAUGGUUUUACUGGUCAGCAUUGUCAAACAGAUAUUGAUGAAUGCGUUUCUGAGCCAUGCAAGCAUGGAGCUACAUGUGAGGAUCAGCCUGGCUCUUAUUUCUGCCACUGCCAGAAGGGCUAUGCCGGGCAGGACUGUGAGAUAGAACAGGAUGGAUGCAAGCCAAAUCCUUGCUUGAAUGGAGGUGUGUGUCGAGGCUACGGGAGGAACCAUCUGUGUGUGUGUAAAGAGGGUUAUGUUGGAGACCGCUGCCAAACAUUAGAUAAUCCAUGUGUACUGCAGCCUUGUGGGAACAGAGGCAUCUGUUCGAGUCAUAAGAGGGAUAACUACAGCUGUGCCUGCAGGGUGGGCCACACAGGGAGAGACUGUGAGAGAGACCUGUUGCCUCCAUCUGGCCUGCAUGUGUUGCGGGUAGAAGAAAAGGAAGUUGAGUUACGCUGGGAUCAGUCAGAUGCCACUCAGAAUUUGAUCAGUGGCUUUGCCAUUGUUUUUGCUCCAGUUGGUCGUUUACCGAGGAGGACAGACUUCCUAGAGAAGCAGCAUUCUACCUAUGUGCUGCAAGGCCUAAACCCCGGACAGCUUUAUAAUAUCUCCGCCUUCUCAGUUAAACGCAACACCAACAGCAAUGACAUAAGCCAGCCUGCUUUCGCACUCAUUCGCACAAGGCCACGUAAGGUAGAACAGCUGGAGGUAGUGAAUGUGUCCUCCUCUCAGGUAUGGCUGCGCUGGCUGGUCCUGGUUAACCGCCACACUGCUGUCAGUCAGGUUCGAGUGUCCCUGGUGCCUGCGGAUGGAGGUAGACCUCGCACAGCUAUACUCAACAGCAAUGUUUCAGAGUACACCUUCAGCACACUGCUCCCAGGUCAGAUGUACACAAUAGAUGUAGUUACACAAAGUGGUUUGCGCCCUGAAGACCUGCCAUCAACCAGCAAAUCUGCUGGGCCACUCCACUUUUGGACUAGACCCCUCCCUCCUCAGAAUCUUUCCCUCUCCAGUAUCACAGCUACCUCGGCCCGGGUCACAUGGGACCAUCAUCCUCAAAGUCUUCCAGAUGGUUUUGUUGUAAAUAUUACUCAAGGCCUCACCACUCGUAGCCGCUAUCUGCCAGAUGGAAGCUUAGGGACAUAUACCCUUCGUGACCUUGCUCCAGGACAGCAUUGCCAUCUAGCCCUGACCUCUGUACACAAAACAGGCAAGGACAAAAUUGAAAGUGUCCCUCAACAUCUAGCCUUCACCACAUUACCAAUUUUAAAGGACCAAAGUAGAGGUGACAGACUUCAGGGAGGACAGAAUUAUCGGGUCGGACAGAUUUGGACACAAGUUAAAGAUGGAGGCACAGUUGACAACACAGAACCCUUCGAGGAUCCAUUAAGAUACACAGAGUUUAUUGAUGGUAGGGGGAGGAUUACAGCCAAAUUUACCAGCCUUCCACAUAAAACCAUCAGACACCGUACAAAGCCUGAUCCUCCAAUUAGAUUGGAAAAGCUGGACAAAACCACCAACAAGAUCAGUCUAGCUUUGGAAAUUCCAGAAGAAGUAACAAAGAAUAAAUCUGAGUCAUCCCAAGACUGCAGAGCUCAAACCUGCCAAAAUGGUGGGACAUGUGUUCAGAUGAACGAGUUAUAUAGCUGUAACUGUGCCACUGAUUUUAAGGGCAGGUGGUGUGAGCUAUAUUGCCAGCGUUGGUCUCAUCCAUGUACUCGGCUUUACUCUGAAACAAAGAGCGUGCCUGUGUGGGAAGAUGGUGUCUGCCAUUAUUUGUACAAAAGAACAUAUAAAGUUCAGCAGGAUGUUUGUUUUAGGGAGAUCUGUGAGCCUUUGCUGCCUACAAAAACUCCAAGAACACUAUACUAAUCCUGAGUAGGUCCCCACUCUCAAAACAGCCUCAAUUCUUCAAGGCAUGGAUGUGAUAAGAUAUUGGAAACAUUCAUUUGAAAUUCUGGUACUGACUUGUUUGCAUUAUGUAAUUUCUGCAGCUUUGUCAGAUACUAUACCCUUUUCCCGCCUCCUGAACUGUUGACACACAGCAGAUUGAGUCCAUGGAUUCAUGCUGUUGACAUAAAAGUUUGACUGUACCAUGUGCUGACUGCAGCCCCAGCUUUCUGUUCUUGGCUGAAAUAACUGAAACUCAAGCAGUCAUUUCUGCUGUUGUAGCCAAUCCAACUGACACUUUGAACAAGUUUUGUGUAUUUUGCUUUUCUUUUCACCACACAAGAUUACAGAGUGGUUAUCUAAAUUCCCAUAGCUUUUUUAUCAGUUUAAACCAAACUGGUCUCUGUUGACCUAUCUCAUAAAGUCAUUCCCUUAUAUAUACUGUACAGUAUAUGAUGAGUCAAGUGUACAUUUCUAGGAGAUAAUAAACAGUUAAAUAAAUACUCAAACCAGCUUGUAAUGUCACAAUUUAUCUUUCUGUAAUCAACUUUCUUCUGAAUCUGGUGGUUGAUCACACAUAACUAACUGAAUUGGAAAUUUGCAAGAAUAAUUUGUGUUCCUAAAAAAGUGUUCAGUACGUGUGUGUAUACAGUUGGGGACAAAAAUGUUAGCCCCCUUGGUAAAUAUC